CGCUGUGCGCGAUGUCGAAGUACGGGAACAUUUUCAAUUUAAUGACCUGAUUGGCCAUAUCCAGGAAUGCUUCGGGAUCCAUUUUGAUUGAUUUCCACACAAUUUACGGUACACCAAAGCUUUGUCGGCCACGAGGAGUGUGUCUUUCAAUGUUCGACAAUAUUCGAUUUUAAAACGCUGACUCAGGCGCCCGCGAACGACGCUAGCUAUGCGCCGUCUGCUAGACUCGGUCGUCUGCUAGUUAUGGAACCCGGCCCACCUACCAUUAUAAUACCACCGACGAGGGAUAGGAAAAAAAACCUUAUCGUCUGUAGUCGAAUUUUGAUGCCUCUUUAAAACUCUUACCUACAGAUGGCAGUAAAUGAUUGUAUUAGUACGUCCCGUUCAUGUUCGCUUUUCGUUACGAAAUAAUUUGAAAUUAAAUCACGUUAACGUUGCACACGGAAUAGAAUACGUUAGAAUACGAAUACAUCCAGUGAUAUCUCAAAGAUUAAAAUCGAUUGGUAAUAAUGAUCGACGAUAGUAGCCGGGAAUUAUGUAAAGGAAAGGAAAGACCGAAAUAACUGCCAAGUAAUUACAAUUUUCAAAUGAGAAAUAGAAACAGCAAUAGGUGGCUCAUCAAACUUGUUUCGCAUGUCUCGUUUAUCAGAUUAAUCUUCAUAAAUUAAUCUCUGCAGUGGUUCAUUGUUAUUUGUAAUCUUCACAGUCACAAACAAUACUUUUAUCGAAAGUACGAUAAAAACGUAAAUAAAAAAACGACGUUGUUGACUUAUUUGAUUCAUUAUUUGAUUUGUGAAUUGUUGUCAAACACAAACAAUGAGAGACGGUAUAAGAUUUCGACAACAUGUGUCAAAGAGAGCUUCUGGUGAUAUUUUGUACGAGGAUAAAGCCUCUUUGAAAAGGAAGGAAGUAUUACCAAAUGAAAGUCAACACUUAUUUUUUCUUUUCACUUUCUUUCUUUUGAUAUCGAUCGCUAUAAUCGCUUUCGAGAAGAAGUUACCUGAACCGAUAACAUUAACUAAGGAAGGAUUAUAUCCUGGAAGGUUUAUUGCAGAAAGAGCACGUAAUCAUCUUGUAAAUCUUACAUCCAUUGGUCCUCGAAUUGUUGGAAGUUAUGAAAAUGAAGUGUUGGCAAUUAAAUAUUUAACAAAUAUUAUCAAUAAUAUAGUUAAGGAUGCUAGUGAAAAUCACAAGAUUCUAGUUAAUGUAACCAAACAUAGUGGAGCUUUCCCUUUGAAGUUCCUUGAUGGAAUGACAAAUGUAUAUAAAAAUGUACAAAAUAUCAUUGUUAAAAUUGGUCCACAUAUGCCUAUGCAUAGUAGCGUGCUAUUAAAUUGUCAUUUUGAUACUUUCCCUGAUAGCCCUGGUGGAUCUGAUGAUGGAGCUGGUUGUGCUGUGAUGUUAGAAAUUUUACGUGUGAUUGCUCAUAGUUCAAAAUUACUAAAGCAUAAUAUUAUAUUUCUAUUUAAUGGCGCUGAAGAAAAUUUAAUGCAGGCUUCUCAUGGUUUUAUAACGCAACAUGCCUGGGCCAAGGAAAUACGUGCUUUCAUAAAUUUAGAAGCCUGUGGUGCAGGUGGUCGUGAAUUAUUAUUUCAGGCUGGUCCUGACAGUUCUUGGUUGCUUCAAGUAUACUCUAAGUCUGUUCCAUAUCCAUAUGCUUCAUCCUUAGCACAAGAAAUAUUCGAAAGUGGUAUUGUACCUGGUGACACCGAUUUUCGGAUAUUUAGAGAUUUUGGGAACGUUUCUGGUCUCGAUUUUGCUUGGUCAACCAACGGUUACGUGUACCAUACAAAAUUCGAUAACAUAGAUCAAAUACCCUUAGGAUCUUUACAGAGAACGGGAGACAAUAUUCUCGCUUUACUACAAGGAAUAGUAUUAGAUAGCAAUUUAUCUGAAGCAAUUCAAAAUAACCCAGGGAAUCUUGUGUUCUUCGAUUUCUUAGGCGCAUUUGUCAUUAGAUGGCCACAAUAUAUGGCUAGUACAAUUAAUGUUGUUAGCAUAAUUGUUGGUGUAUGUUCUAUAUAUUUAAAUGCACAUAGUGCACGAAGAGAUGUAAAGAAGUCGACAUAUGUAAAGCACAUAUUACUUUGUAUUGGAGCAAUAAUUGUUUCAUGGCUGCUGUCUAUAAUUUCAUGUACAAUGAUUGCACUUGUUCUUACCAAACUCGGUAAAGUUAUGAGUUGGUAUGGAAGACCGGCUUGGUUGUUUUUCUUAUAUGUGUGCCCAACCAUUUUUGUAUCAAUGAUGUUUUUCUUGUUCGUUGGAUUGCGGCAAAAGAAGGAAGUUAAAUCUGCGUGGAUUUUGUUCCAAGUGUAUUCUGAUGCAUAUUCUAUUAUAUGGAUGCUGAUUCUUUUUUGCUGUGUUGUAUUUGAGAUACGGUCCGGUUUUAUUCCGCUACAUUGGGUUGUAUUUCCAACACUUGGAAAUUUAUUGCGAUAUAAUUUCUUUAACAAAUGGAGAGGAUGGAAGUGGCUCUUCUAUUAUUUAACUACAAUGUGCAUACCUUACAUGCAAUCAUUUUAUUUAGUGAUUGGAGCUCUUUAUUUAUUCAUUCCUAUAAUGGGACGGUCUGGUGGCAACAUAAAUUCAGAAGUUGUCAUGGCUAACACAUUGUCUAUACUCUUUUGUCUGCUACUUAGUUUCUCGUUACCGGUAGUUCUUUUGAUUAAAAACGCAAAGCAAUUUCUAUAUAUAUUAAUUGAAAUAUUUUUGAUAAGUAUUGGAGCAUUAUUUUUAACUCGGUUUGGUUUCCCGUACAGUGGUAAUCUAUCGUCAUUGGCACCAGAACGUUUCAUGAUUGCGCAUGCACAAAGACAAUAUUAUGAUGUUAACGGUAACUUACGGCAUUCGGGAACUGGCUAUUGGAUAGCUGAUUUAGACAUGAAUAGUCCACACAGCGUUGAAGCUAUGGUGCCUGAAAUAACUGCAGCAACAUCCACUAUGAAAGAUUGUGAACAUGAAUUAUAUUGCGGCCUACCAUAUUUUAUGCCAGUUACGACUUUCUUAUCAAAAACAAGUUGGAUUCCAGGACCUGCACCUCUCGUCAACAUUCCUACAAAGCUAGACCUUGUUUCAAAAUCUAUAAAACAAAAUAUUGUCACCUUUACGUUUAAUGUUACAGGUCCUGAUCACAUAAGCAUAAUUUUAUCUCCAUAUAAAGGUGUCCAUCUGGAAAGAUGGUCUAUUUUAGAAGGAAAUCCAUUACAAGGACCCAAAUGGAAUGAUAGAGAAACGUAUUUUGUUUAUUAUUCUUGUGCAUCUGAUUGUAUUCCGUAUACAUUCUCCAUUGAAUUAAAUGUUCCCUUUGCACAAAAGACACCGUGUUUAUCUGUAGCAUUAGGUGGCCAUUUUCUUCACGGUAAGCAUCAAAAGUCUCUAAGAUUUAAACGGUUUUUGGCUCAGUUUCCAUCGUGGACCGUUGUUACUCCAUGGACAGCAACAUACACUUCAUGGCAAUUCUAACAAAACAUCGAAUAGAUAUCCCAUUAUUAAACACAGUUGCAUAAACUAUAGUCAGUGAGAGCCUAACGAAGACGGCACUGUAUAUUAGAAUAGUUCUCAAUACGAUUCAAAGACAUAUACCUAACAAUGCAAUUUAUAAGCUUAAGAUUUAGAAGAAUAUUAUAUUAAAUACAUGCUAACUUCGUGCAAACGCGGUUCAGCAGGACACAUCGAUCAACAUAAAGGAAACAAUUUAAAGAAUGAAACAUUCGUCAUUCUAUUUAUACAAAAUUUUUUACUAGUACAUUACCGAGGUAGUUCUAAGACGCUGAUUUCGCUGAAAACAGCGCAAAAGUACCACUGAUCUUAUCACAUUGACACUUCACUAAUUACAGUUACCUAUUGUAGAGAAAUAUGACGAUGGUAGCAUAUCAAUUGUAUGCCUUAGAAUAAUUACAGCUACAUUUAUUUUUUAAAUGCUAGAAAUUUAACAUUAUUACAUACGAAAAGGUCUAUAAUAAUCGAUAGAAAUUUAUAAAUACUUUACAUGUCGCUAAGGUUUCGCGGUAUUAUCACGGUUAUCGUUUUAUUUUGUAUUCUGUAUAUUGAAGGAUAACUCGUGAAGAGUCAUUUUUAUUUAAUGAGUAGGAAAGUGAUAAAAGAUAAGAACUGUAAAAGCACAAAAGAUGGUCUAUUCGUCUGCAAGAGGAUUCUUCUUAAUUUAAUUUAACGCCAAUUAUCUGUUAUUAAAUCGCGCAGUUGUCGCCCACGUUUUGUAUAAAUGAAAUACGUUUGUCAUUUUUUUCUGUACAGUUUAAAUCGUUAAAGAAUUCUUAGUUACCUGACUAAGUUAAAUUAUAAAAUUCAAAGACGAUUUUAUUUAAUAUUCUGGUCUGUCUUCUCGUAUGGCUGUUACUAUGAAGAGACUGAAUUUGUUUUAAACUUUGUCUUUACCUAGGUUGUUUACACGUGACACCGGUGAACAUAUACAAUUGUCCCACUGCUUCGUUAAAUAAUUGUGUACGGUUUUGUUCUCAUAUACGAAUGAAGGCCACUGUACCCUUUUAAACAAAUAUCUCCGACGACAGAGCAGUUGAAGCAUUUAUUGAAAUAAUUACGCGUUUAAAAUCUAAUUAUAAGACAUUUUUGCCAAUAUUGAUAGCCAAUUUUGUAGUUAUAAGUAAAUCCGAGGUAUUUAUAGAAAUUGACACUUUUACACGUGUAAAAGGAAAAUAUAUUUAAGACGGUUAAUAGCGUAUGUUCUGCUGUCGAGAGAAUUUAAUUUUGUACGCUAGAAUUUAACAGAUCUCAUUUGAAAUUCAAUUCAAGAUCGUAUCAGCGGAUAAUUUGAAGUGUCGAUAUUUCAUUGGUGCACUCAUUUUUGCCUAAUUUAUUCGUAAUUAUUUUAUUAAUUGAAUUCUUCUGCGACAAUGCCAAACCAUGCUGAUAAAGCAAGUUCAUUGCACAAUUUAUAAUCGUUCUACUUAACAAUGGUGCACUAUGUUAAAUAAUAGUAUUUGUUAUGGUGUUCUGAUUUUAUAGUUACAGGGAUGUAUUUACAAUGGCUGAAAAAUGUCAUUGUGUUAUAUUUUAUUCCAUGUAAGAAGACUUUUGUUAUUAGUUGUUACCUUAGAUACCAAACAUUAUCGGUCGCAAGCUUACUUUUGUUCACCUAAAAUAAUUGUAAUCGAUUAACUGAUGAUUUUGUUGCCCCUGUGUUUGUUGUUUUUGUGAGUUUAUUAAUAUUUUAGUAUUCAUACUAUCCCGAUUCCUUUUACAGUUUACAUUAUUGUACAUUAUACGUAUGCUAUUGUAAUUUGUAGAUUGUUAAACAAGCAAACACAAGUGAAAAAUAA